AUGUUGUCACGUUUCCUUGAAGAACAAGUGGACGUUGUCGGAGUCGCUACCGAUAGAGAGGAGUCAGUCAAGAGGGAGGUCAAUGAGGCCUUCAGCUCUGUACCACGGAUCCUUCUCGAGAAGUUCCCUCCACCACCUGAGUUGCUUGUUGAGCUCCUCCCCUACCAGCGUGAGGGUGCAGCGUGGCUCUGUAAUCAGGAGCUCUCGUGUAGUCGCCGAGGAGGUAUCCUCGCCGACGAGAUGGGGAUGGGUAAGACCAUCCAGUUCCUUGCGUUGGUGUGCCUACAGCGAGCUGAGACCCGUGCCCCGACCCUCGUAGUUUGCCCAGCGGCAACGAUGAGACAGUGGGAGUCGGAAAUUGUGAAGUAUUUUGGCGUGGGGGUGCUGAAGGUCUACUUAUAUCACGGUAAGCAUAAAGUGACCGCGCCGGAGCUGAUGGAGUACGACAUAGUUAUAACAAGCUAUCAGACUCUGGAAUGUGAGUAUCGUGCUGAGCUGAAUGAGCUCAAAGAGCGGUGUGGAUUCUGUGCUAAGCUCUUCUUGCCUGAGCUCAUCCGCUCCCACAUGAAAGAGUGUGGGGGUGGUGAUGAUGGUAACCGUAGGACGGGCCGAGGAGGGGAUCCGAGGGACUAUGGCAUCAGUGAUUGUGAUGUUAUAUCAAUCUCCUCUGAUGGAGAGGACAGGGCGGCUAAGGAGGAGGAGGAGGUGUGGUUGGAUACAGAGUUCGUAUCGUACCGUGACCAGGAAGUGAUCGAUCUCACUGAUGAUGUUGUCGAAGCUGAGAUUGUGGACGACGGGGGGAUGUUGACCACGGACUACUGCGAGAAGGAGGAGUCUCCUCGUGGGUGUGAUGUCAAAGUCGAGAACCCCAUCCUUACCCCUCCUGGUGCACCACAGAAAGCUGAGAGUAGCUGUCUGUCUACAGCCCCGAAGACGCCUGAAGGGAGAACCAGAGUGAAGAUCAGCUCCACCAAGGGGAAACGACGUAGUCCCGGCAGCAGCUGUGGAAGAUGUGAACGAGAAGCCUUGGACGAGCGGCUGAGGUCCAACAUGCUUCUCCACUCUGUGGUGUGGGGGAGGGUCUGCCUUGAUGAGGCACACCGCAUUCGGAAUAGGACGACUAACACUGCGCGAGCUGCGUGUGCUCUGAGGUGCCGUUAUCGUUGGUGCCUCACCGGUACCCCCAUACAGAAUCGCGUUGGUGAUUUAUAUUCCCUAGCGAGAUUCUUGCGAGUGCGACCGCUGUCCACGACGGGGUGCGAUACGUCGGGUUGUCCCUGUGAGGUUUUGGACCACCCAUGGGACGACGAAUGCCACGAGUGUGGGCAUUCUAAGCACGCUCAUUAUAACUACUUCAACCGUUUCAUCGCUAGGCCUAUACAGAAGUCCGGCCUGACGUCGGUUGAGGGAGCUCAGGGGAUGCGCAUCCUUCGCUCGCAGUUGCUGAGGAAGUUCUUGUUGAGGCGAACUAAGUCUCAACGAGAAAGCGACGUGAAGCUACCGCCUAUGGAGGAGAGGCCAGUCAUUGCCGUGCUGUCUGCGGCGGAGGCAGUCUACUACCAGGAGCUCUACGAACAGUAUCGGGCCAAAAUUUUGAAAUAUGCGAAAGAGGGGGAACUGGCUGUGCGCAUGGUGGAAGCCUUGAAGAUGAUAUUGCGACUUCGCCAGGCGGCUAACCAUCGCUACUUGAUACAUCAUCAGCCGAAGGGGGAUAUCUACUGUGUAGCCAUCCCCGUAUGUGCCAGCAUCUGCCACGAGGAAAUCCCAUUACGAACUGGGUGUUCGGCCCAAGCCCUUGCCAAAGCGAAGUGUGACCAUAUCUUCCACAAUUCCUGCGCACAGUCGUGGCUCCGUCUCCGAAGCCAGCAGUGUCCAGUUUGUCAACAGCCACUAGUGGUUCGCUAUGGCAAUAUUUUAUCUGAUGGUGAUGAUGCGGAUGAUGGAAACCUCGCUGCAUGCAUGAGUGGGCUCCGGGAACUCCAAAACGACCCGAGACUGCCUCGGAAGCACAGCAUACUGAAGAGAGCACCAGUAGCCAAUUUCGAGAGCUCUUCUAAAAUAGAGGCGUUAGUCGCGGAGGUGGAAGCUAUGAGGAAGGCGGAUGGAGAGGCUAAGGGUCUCGUGUUUUCCUCGUUUGUAUCACUAUUGGAGCUAUGCCAAUACAGGCUACAUAAGGCAGGCAUCACCACGUUGAUCCUUCAUGGUGAGCUACCGCUGCCUCUACGGGCCAAAGUGAUGAAAACCUUCGUUGAGUCCUCGGCUGAUACAUGUCCACUGUUGUUGAUAUCCCUCAUGUCGGGUGGUGAGGGCCUCAACCUACAAGUAGCAAACCAUGUCUUCCUAUUGGAUCCAUGGUGGAACCCCGCCGUCGAACAGCAGGCCACCCAGAGGGCUCAUCGGUUGGGCCAGAGCAAGCGGGUUCAAGUCCUGAAGAUGUUGACACAUGAUACAAUAGAAGAUCGGAUCGUAGCGCUGCAAGAGAAAAAGCGGGCUGUGUGUCGUGGUAUAAUAGAUGGUGACGGCAGUCUGGACGGUCUCUCAUUAGAAGAUAUCAGGUUCCUAUUCCAACUCUAA